AUGAAAUACACUAUGUUGCGCCAUCUUGCCGUCGUCUGUACAAUCCUCGGUGUGUCGAACGCAGGUCCAUUGGCCUAUGGGAUAUGUCAGUCGGGAUGCAACGCUCUCGUUGUCGCAUGCUACGCAGCCGCCGGCUUUACUUUUGGAACUAUUACCGCGGGUGCUGCAGUUCCAGCUGUCAUCGCUGGUUGUAACGCAGCACUAGGCACAUACAUGGUCGGCUGUGUUGCUGCCGGAUGCGCACCAACCCCUAGCCUGCCAUCCGGCUCUCUGUUCCAGCCAUUUGUCUAG